GCGCCGGGCGCUGAUUGGCUGCGGGCUCAGGCCACGCCCCCUUGCCCCGCUCCGUGCCCGCCAUGGCACCGCUGCUGCUGCUGCUGCUGCUGCCCGCGGCCCUCGCGGACCUCCGGCCCGAGCAGCUCCUGGUCCUCACCGUGGCCACCGAGCGCACUGAGGGCUAUGAGCGGUUCCUGCGCUCGGCUCAGCGCUUCAAUUACAGCGUUCAGACGCUGGGCUUGGGGCAGCCCUGGCGGGGGGGGGACGUGGCCCACACCGUGGGGGGGGGGCAGAAGGUUCGAUGGCUGCGGGAGGCCCUGGAGCCGCUCAAGAGGAGGGGGGAGCUCCUGGUGCUGUUCGUGGACAGCUAUGACGUGGUCCUGGCCGGCCCCGCCCACGAGCUCCUGGCCUCGUUCUCGUCGGCCCCUCCCCCCCCGGGGCUGCUGUUCUCGGCCGAGGGUUUCUGUUGGCCGCGGGGGGAGCUCGCGAGCUCCUAUCCCCCCUCCCCCCCCCGUGGGAAACCCUUCCUGAACUCCGGAGGUUUCAUUGGUUUCGCCCCUGCCGUUUGGCGCCUGGUUGAGCAGUGGAACCACCGCGAUGAUGACGACGACCAACUCUUCUAUACCCAACUGUACCUGCAGCCGCAGCUGCGGGAGGAGCUGGGGUUGGCCCUGGAUCAUCAUUCCCGCAUCUUCCAGAACCUCAAUGGAGCCAUAGAUGAGGUCGUGGUCAAGUUCGAGCCAGGCCGGGUCCGGGUCAGGAACGUGGCCUCUGAUUCGCUGCCCAUUGUCAUCCAUGGCAACGGCCCCACAAAGCUCCAGCUCAAUUACCUGGGGAACUAUGUGCCAUGGGGCUGGAGCCCCGAGGGCUGUGGGGACUGCGACCACGGCCUGCGGGACCUGCGGGGGCUGAAGCCUGAGCAGCUCCCCUGGGUGCUCGUGGGGGUGUUUGUGGAGGAGCCGACCCCAUUCCUGCCCCGUUUCCUGCGGCGCCUCCUGCGUUGGAGCUACCCUGGAGCCCGGAUGGGGCUGUUCCUGCACAACCGGGAGCCCCAUCACCAGCCCCACGUCGCCACCUUGUGGCCGCGCCUGCGCAGUCGCUUCUCCUUCGCCCGGCUCGUGGGGCCCGAGGAGGGGCUGGAGCCGGCGGCAGCGCGAGACCUGGGAAUGUCCCUUUGCCGCCAGGACCCCCAGUGUCAGCAUUACCUGAGCCUGGACGCGGACGUGGCCCUGACCCACAUGGGGACCCUGCGGGCGCUGCUGCGGCAGAACCGGCGGGUGCUGGCCCCGCUGCUGUCCCGCCCGGGUCAGCUCUGGUCUAACUUCUGGGGCGCCCUCAGUCCCGAUGGAUUCUAUGCCCGAUCCCAGGAUUACGUGGACAUCGUGCAGGGCAACAGGAGGAGCGUGUGGAACGUGCCCUACAUCAGCCACGCCUACCUGAUCGAGGGGGCGGCGCUUCGCGGCCCGCUGGGGGCGGGGCCUGUCUUCAGCCAAUCAGAGACCGACCCGGACAUGGCGCUGUGCCAGCGCGCCCGCGAGACGGGUCUCUUCCUGCACGUCACCAACCGGGAGCACUUCGGGCACUUGUUGGUCACCAGCAACUACAACAGCAGCCGGAAACACCCGGACCUGCUCCAGCUGCCCCACAACACCCAGGACUGGGAGCAGGAGUACCUCCAUGAGAACUACAGCCGCAUCUUCCAGGAGAGCCUCUAUGAGGAGCCCUGUCCCGAUGUUUUCCGCUUCCCACUGUUCUCCGCGCGCUUCUGCCGGGAGCUGCUGGAGGAGGCACUGGGAUAUGGGGCCUGGAGCCAGGAGCAGCCGGGGGUGCUCUCGGUGCCCCUGUCCCGCCUGGGCCUCGAUGGGCUCUGGAUGGGAGCCCUGAACCGGUUCCUGGCGCCCAUUGCCCGCAGGCUCUUCCCUGGCUACCAGCACAAGGGCCGGGCUGUGUUCAGCUCCGUGGUGCAGUACAGCCCCGCCCCCACCGGAGAGGAGGCUCCGCCCCCUCCUGCAGCCACCGUGAGCGUGAGCCUGGGGCUGAGCCCACCCAGGGGGGGGGGCUGGCGCUUCCCCCGCUAUGACUGUGGGGUGCUGGGGCCCCCCCGCGGAUGGGUCCUGCUGCACCCCGGGCGCCUCACGCACCGGCCCCAGCUGCUGCCCCCCCCCCAUGGCACCCGCUUCGCCCUCGUCACCCUACUGGAGCCCUGACCCAUGGGGGGCAAUGAGGACACUGGAGCCAUGGGGGCAAUGGGGGCACUGAGGACACUGGAGGCAAUGGGGG